CAUUGGCGGAGAGGAGGGCGGGGCGGGGUCGCCCGGAGCGGCUACACUAGGCCGUUCCUGCGGAGGUGAGCAGCUUGCCUGGAAGGCACGGUGUGUGCAGCAGCGUUUCGGCUUGCAGCGGCGAUCCAACCCGGCCCUAGGAGGAAGAGUGUGCAGCAGCGAUCCGGCUUGGCCAUGGCAGCGUCUCCUCUGAAAGUGUGCAUCGUGGGCUCAGGGAACUGGGGAUCAGCUGUUGCAAAAAUCAUUGGCAAUAAUGUGAAGAACCUGCAGAAGUUCGCGUCCACAGUCAAGAUGUGGGUCUUCGAAGAGACGGUGAAUGGGAGGAAGCUGACGGACAUCAUCAACAACGACCACGAAAACGUGAAAUAUCUCCCUGGACACAAGCUGCCAGAAAAUGUCGUCGCUGUCCCGAGUCUCAGCGAGGCUGUGCAGGACGCAGACCUGCUGGUGUUCGUUAUCCCUCACCAGUUCAUUCACAAGAUCUGCGAUGAGAUCACAGGCAGGGUGCCCAAGAAGGCCCUGGGCAUCACCCUCAUCAAGGGCAUAGACGAGGGCCCUGAGGGCCUGAAGCUCAUCUCCGACAUCAUCAGAGAGAAGAUGGGAAUCGACAUCAGUGUGCUGAUGGGGGCCAACAUUGCCAGUGAGGUGGCUGCGGAGAAGUUCUGUGAGACAACCAUCGGCAGCAAAGUAAUGCAGAACGGCCUUCUCUUCAAAGAGCUGCUACAGACGCCCAACUUCCGAAUCACCGUGGUAGAUGAUGCCGACACUGUGGAGCUCUGCGGUGCUCUUAAGAACAUUGUUGCCGUGGGAGCUGGCUUCUGCGAUGGCCUCCGCUGUGGAGACAACACUAAGGCAGCUGUCAUCCGCCUUGGCCUCAUGGAAAUGAUCGCCUUCGCCAAGAUAUUUUGUAAGGGUCAGGUGUCCACGGCCACCUUCCUGGAGAGCUGCGGGGUAGCUGACCUCAUCACCACCUGCUAUGGAGGGCGGAACCGCAAGGUGGCAGAGGCCUUCGCCAGGACCGGGAAGACCAUUGAAGAGCUGGAGAAGGAGCUGCUCAAUGGGCAGAAGCUCCAGGGACCUCAGACCUCUGCUGAGGUGUACCGCAUCCUCAACCAGAAGGGGCUGCUCGACAAGUUUCCUCUCUUCACAGCGGUGUAUCAGAUCUGCUAUGAAGGCAAGCCUGUCACACAGAUGCUGUCCUGCCUGCAGAGCCACCCAGAGCACAUCUGAAGGGAAUGUGGCAGCCAUCAGGGAUCAGCCAGAAAACCAGGGCUUGGCAGUGAAAAUGAUCCCUGCUGAACUGCGCUCCGAUCCCCAACACAUACAGAUUGUUACGGCUUGGUUUCUGUGCCGGGAGAGGCACUUCACUGGAUAAGAUGUGUUGGAUAACAGCUACGCACACACACAUGAGUGAGUGUGAGUGAGUGUGAGUGAGUGUGUGUCUGUGUGUGUGUAUAUAUACAGGUGUGUACCUUUAUCGUUCUGUGGCUGUUUCUCUGAACCCAAAUCAGGUGUCUAUUUUAAUGAUCACAUAUUAAAUUCCCCUGCAGGGCAGCUUAUGAGAUUAGAACUAACUCAGCUGAACUUUAUGGAUGUGACUCCUUUAUAUGCGAGUGAAGGGAAAAAAGUUUUUUCCCCGUAUGAAACAAUUGUCCAGCACAAUUGACCACCACACUUUGCUUUUAAACAGUAUCUCCUGAGCCAGUGGGAUGAGCUCCUC